AUGUAUCUAUAUUUCUAUGUAUCGCAGUCUAUUCAUAUCUAUCUAUCUAUCUAUCUAUCUAUCUAUCUAUCUAUCUAUCGAUCGAUCGAUCGAUCUCAGUCUUUUCAUAUGUAUCUAUAUUUCUAUCUAUCUCAUAUUUAUCUCAGUCUUUUCGUAUCUAUCUACCUACCGAUCUUAAUAUUUUCUCAUCUAUCUAUCUAUCUAUCUAUCUAUCUAUCUAUCUAUCUAUCUAUCUAUCUCUAUUCAUAUCUAUCUAUCUAUCUAUCUAUCUACGCACGUCUCUUUCUAUUUCUCUGUCAGUCCUUAUCUAUUACCUCUCCGUCUGUUGAUCGAUCGAUCUUUCUUCUUUCGAUUUCCGCCUUUUCGUAUCUCUGUAAACCUACUUUGAAACACGAUCUUUGCUCGUGCGAUAUUUUUUUGCGUUUGUCAGUCAGUCUUCGUAUUCGCUUGUCUAUCUGUCAACGCGUGCCUUGCAAUCCAUACGGCAUCUCAGCUACUAAGCUAGAUGCGUAA